GCCCAUUGCACUACUCCUGCAUGUCGUUUCGAAAUGGUUCCUCAAGAAACCGAGAGUGAGGAGCAUUUUAGAGCUGCGCUCAAACAGGCCAUCCUCGAUCGGCACUAUGAAGAGAUCUGCGAUAUCUUGUUUGCCGUGGACACGACGCAGCAUUACUCUGUCGUCAUAGACAUCAUGGCCCUGGUCGACUCUGCCUCGGAUUCGCAGCUCUGGUCUCAACUCGCAGCCUCGCCUCACACAGUCCUUCCGAUUCUCGAUUCUGUUCUUCAGGAUGUACAGCUUGAAUUAUUCAAGAUUAACAAUGACCCAAGCAGUCAGGAUGGGGUGGUAGAGGGCGAGAGAACACCUAUGUAUCUUAAGCCGAAGUGCUCUGCACGAGUGAUGGGUUUACCGGCAGCAGAGUCCCGGAGAAUGACAAUCCCAAAUUCAGCGGACGUUGGAACGUUUUUAUCAAUUACUGCAACGGUCAUUAGAACGGGUGUCGUCAAAAUGCUGGAGAAUUCGAAAAGAUUUUACUGUCCGACAUGCAAACAGCAGUUUGAGGUCCUGGCCGAUGUGGAGCAGUACAACCAAGUUGUCCAACCAACAAAAUGUCAGGCAACGACGAAUGUGCGUCCUUGUACAGGGAACCGAUUCCGAUUAAUCGAAACCCCACCAGGUCAAUUGCCUGAAGGCUGCCGUGAUUAUCAGGAGAUUAAGAUUCAGGAACAGACUAACAAAUUGACAAUGGGAACUAUCCCAGGAUCCAUGGUUGUCAUUCUUCAUGACGACCUUGUUGAUCAUGCCAAAUCGGGAGACGAUGUAACGAUCACCGGUACGGUGAUUCGCAGAUGGAAGACGCUUAUACCUGGCGAGCGCUGCGAUAUUGAACUCGCCCUGCUCGCCAAUCACGUAUUUAUCCAUAAUGAACAGCGCGUCGGCAUCGGGAUCGCAGAUGAGCAGCGUGUUGAAUUCGAGCACUUUUGGGAGCAGGCACGCUUGCCUUCAAUCAACAUGCCCUUUACUGCCCGCAACAAGAUCCUGGCGCACAUCUGUCCCAAGGUCUAUGGACUUUAUAUUGUCAAACUCGCUGUCAUGCUGGUUUUGACUGGAGGAGUUCAAAAGGUCGACCAAUCGGGUCUCAGGGUUCGAGGUGAGCCCCAUUUGCUCUUGGUGGGCGAUCCGGGUACUGGAAAAUCCCAGUUUUUGAAGUAUGCUGCGGAGCUGAAUCCGCGAUCUGUGCUCACGACAGGGAUUGGGAGCAGCAGUGCAGGAUUAACAGUGACGGCUGUGCGGGACGGCAACGAGUGGCAAUUAGAGGCUGGAGCACUGGUUCUGGCGGACCGAGGAUUGUGUUGCAUUGACGAGUUUGGAGGUAUGAGAGAGCACGACAAGACGGCGAUUCAUGAGGCAAUGGAACAGCAGUCGAUCUCGAUUGCCAAGGCGGGAAUUGUCUGCAAGCUGAACACGCGAUGCUCAGUGAUUGCUGCCACGAAUCCAAAGGGGAAAUAUGACCCAGACCAGUCGGUGUCUAUCAAUAUCGCCCUGGCUAGUCCGCUGCUGAGUCGAUUCGAUAUCGUGCUUGUGCUGAUGGAUACGGGUAAUGCAAACUGGGAUCAGAAGAUUUCGUCUUAUAUCCUGGAUACACGGAUGAAGAUGGACGGGUAUGCGCCGAAGAAGAAGUCCCUAUCGAGAAAGGAAAUUAUUAGGAGACGAAAACGACUGAGGAGGAUGAGGCGACAGCGUGAGAUGGAAGCAACCGGCGAAGUUCCUCAGAAUGGCGAUGGCGAAGUGGAAGAUAGUCUUGAGGACGAUGAGCCUAACAUUGUCGAGGACGAUGAAGAGGAGGAGGAGGUAGCACCAGCAGGAAAGGAAGAACCAUGGACCCUCGACAAACUGAAGGCAUAUCUGAUUUGGAUUAAAACCACAUUCGAGCCCAAACUUACCCCGCCGGCGGAGCAGGUCUUGGUGUCGUACUACCAGCUACAACGAAAAGCUGACCUUCGGAACGCUGCGAGGACAACUAUCCGUCUUCUGGAGUCCUUGAUUCGUCUGAGCCAGGCCCACGCACGCCUCAUGGCUCGAAAUUUUGUCACGGUGCAGGAUGCGAUCGUGAUUGUGUCGUUGCUGGAAGCCACGGCGCAAGGUGGAGCAGCCAUGCUGGGCGGGAUCAAUCCCCUGCAUGCCAGCUUUCCCAAGAAUGCUGAGGAUGAGUAUUGGAGACAGGAAGAAGUCAUGCUGAGCCGCUUGGGUUUGUCCCAUUUGGCGUCGCGACCGACGCUGGAGGGCAGCCCAGCGGCAGAAUCAGAUGGUGAGGAGCCAACAGAUACCAAUGUUACGCAUGAUGGAGUAUCUAGGCCAAGGCUGAAGCGCACCCGAACGCCGGAAGACGGAGAUAGAGAAACGAGUCGGUACUUUUCCAGUCCGCACCAAAGUGGCAACCUUAGCGGAAGUAUGGUGCUGGAUGAUCAGGCAGAGACAGAGUUGUUAGAACGGUAUCGACGUGAGGAUAACGAUGGCACACUUGCAGAGUUGAAGGAGGAGCCAUUGAUUGAUAGACGCGCUAGCCGACGGAGGGCCGCUGCUACUGCUGCUACGACGGCGGUGGAUUGAAAGGGUAAAGGGGCUGUGCGCGAACAAAAUAGCUUGUCGGUGCGGCGGCCUGAUCAUGAGCAUUUCAGGAGUACCAAUAACGCGGUCGAGGAGAAAGAAGUAGGGACGUUUCCGCAUGUCUAUUACAUUUACAAUAAAAGAUUCUACUCAAC